AUGAACGCGCAGCUGACCAUGGAGGCGAUCGGCGAGCUGCACGGGGGGAGCCAUGAGCCGGGGCCCGCCCCUGCCGACCUGCUGGGCGGCAGCCCUCACGCGCGCAGCUCCGUGGGGCACCUCAGCGGCCUCCUGCCUCCCGCGCACCCGCGUUCCAUGGGCAUGGCGUCCCUGCUGGACGGCGGCAGCGGAGGCAGCGAUUACCACCACCACCACCCCCACCCACACCACCACCAGCGCCUGGCGGGCAACGUGAGCGGUAGUUUCACACUUAUGCGGGAUGAGCGCGGGCUGGCCUCCAUGAAUAACCUCUAUACCCCCUACCACAAGGACGUGGCUGGCAUGGGCCAGAGCCUCUCGCCCCUCUCUGGCUCCGGUCUGGGCAGCAUUCACAACUCCCAGCAAGGGCUUCCCCACUAUGCUCAUCCCGGAGCGGCUAUGCCCACCGACAAGAUGCUCACCCCAAAUGGCUUUGAAGCCCACCACCCUGCCAUGCUCGGUCGCCACGGAGAGCAGCACCUCACGCCCACCUCGGCCGGCAUGGUGCCCAUCAACGGCCUUCCUCCGCACCAUCCCCAUGCCCACCUGAAUGCCCAGGGCCACGGACAGCUCCUGGGCACAGCCCGGGAGCCCAACCCUUCGGUGACCGGCUCGCAGGUCAGCAAUGGAAGUAAUUCAGGGCAGAUGGAAGAGAUCAAUACCAAAGAGGUGGCGCAGCGUAUCACCACCGAGCUUAAACGUUACAGCAUCCCACAGGCCAUCUUCGCGCAGAGGGUGCUCUGCCGUUCCCAGGGGACCCUUUCGGACCUGCUGCGAAACCCCAAGCCCUGGAGCAAACUCAAGUCCGGCCGGGAGACCUUCCGGAGAAUGUGGAAGUGGCUGCAGGAGCCGGAGUUCCAGCGCAUGUCUGCGCUCCGCUUAGCAGCUUGCAAAAGGAAAGAACAAGAACACGGGAAGGACAGAGGCAACACCCCCAAAAAGCCCAGGCUGGUCUUCACAGACGUCCAACGUCGAACUCUACAUGCAAUAUUCAAGGAAAAUAAGCGUCCGUCCAAAGAAUUACAAAUCACCAUUUCCCAGCAGCUGGGGUUGGAGCUGAGCACUGUCAGCAACUUCUUCAUGAAUGCGAGAAGGAGGAGUCUGGACAAGUGGCAGGAUGAGGGCAGCUCCAAUUCAGGCAAUUCAUCAUCUUCAUCAAGCACUUGUACCAAAGCAUGA